AUGGAUAUUUCCAAACCAGUUGGCUCAGAAAUCACAUCUGUUGAUUUUGGAGUGCUAUCCGAUAGUGAGGUCCAAAAGUUAUCCUCAAAGCAAAUCACUAAUCCAAUUGUAUUUGAUAACUUGGGCCACCCAGUAAAUGGCGGUUUAUACGAUUUGUCACUCGGUGCAUUCUUACGAAACGUGUGUACUACAUGUGGACUAGAUGAAAAGUUUUGUCCAGGACAUAUGGGUCACAUUGAGUUGCCAGUUCCUGUUUACAACCCAAUGUUUUUCAACCAAUUGUACAUUUUUCUAAGAAGUUCUUGUUUAUAUUGCCAUCACUUCAAGUUGAGCCAUCUCGAGGUGCACUUGUUCAAGUGUAAGUUGCAUCUCAUACAGUAUGGGUUAUUGUUGGAGUGUACAGAGUUGGAGAACAUGAUGCCAGUUGGAAAAUCUGCCAAGGAGAUGAGCAGCAAUGAUGAUGAUGAGGACGAGGAAGCGGAGGGUACUUCUGUCGACGACAAGGCAAAAAAGGAGUUGAUGGAAAGAAGAGAAAGAUUUGUAAAGAACGCAAUUUCAGCUGCCUUGAAGGACGGAAGAACUAGCUCCAAGGGGGUCAUAACUGCAUCAGUGGGUGAAGAGAGAAAGGCAACCAUUCACGAAUUUUACCGCAGGUUGUUGAGUAGACCAAAAUGUAGCAACUGUUCAAUGUAUUCCCCAAGUUUCAGAAAAGAUGGGUUUACAAAAAUUUUCGAAAACUCACUCAAUGACAAACAGAUUACAAAUAAUAGAGUUAGAGGGUUGCAUCGUCCAGAUAUGAUCAAAAAGAAUGGAAGUAGUAACUCCACUGCAGCUGAUAUUCCUAAUAUCAAGCACAAAGGUGGAUCGAAAUACGUGUUAUCUUCAGAAGUUAGAAACAUUAUUCGUGCUGUUUUCAAAAAGGAGCAAGCAGUGUUGCAAAAAGUUUUCCACUCAAGACCAUAUCAGCAUGAAUAUGUCAGUGGUGACAUUUUCUUCAAACAGUCCAUUUUGGUGCCACCAACUAGAUUCAGAUUACCUUCCAAGUUGGGAGACGAGAUCCAUGAAAAUGCUCAAAAUGAAUUGUUGUCAAACAUUUUGAAAACAACAGUGUUGAUUGCCGAUUUAAAUUCCCAGAUUUCACAAAUGUAUGAAGCCAAAUUGAGUGGAGAGCAGAAAAAAAUUGCAUUUAACAGAUUGAUGAACUCAUUUGUCACUUUGCAAAACGAUGUCAAUGCAUUUAUAGACUCAACCAAAAACCAGAAUGCUCCAGCUGGGAAAUUGCCGAACCCUGGUAUCAAGCAAGCAUUGGAAAAGAAAGAAGGGUUGUUUAGGAAGCAUAUGAUGGGUAAGCGUGUUAAUUACGCUGCUCGUUCAGUCAUUUCCCCCGAUCCAAAUUUGGAGACUAAUGAAAUUGGUGUGCCACCAGUGUUUGCCAAGAAGUUGACAUAUCCAGAGCCAGUCACCUCACACAAUGCGUCUGAGUUGAGACAAGCUGUAAUCAAUGGUCCCGAAAAGUGGCCUGGUGCAGUGCAAAUUCAAAAUGAAGAUGGCUCUUUGAUUUCAUUGAUUGGUAUGAGUUUAGAACAGAGAAAGGCUUUGGCUAAUCAAUUGUUGACACCUACUGGAAGCAAUUCGUUUGUUGGUAAAAAAGUAUACAGGCACAUUAAGAACAAAGAUGUUGUCAUUAUGAAUCGUCAACCUACAUUGCAUAAGGCCUCCAUGAUGGGCCAUAAGGUUAGAGUUUUACCAGGAGAAAAGACAUUGAGAUUGCAUUAUGCAAAUACUGGUGCCUACAAUGCCGAUUUUGAUGGUGAUGAAAUGAAUAUGCAUUUCCCUCAAAAUGAAAAUGCCAAGGCAGAGGCAUUGAACUUGGCAAAUACCGAUAGUCAAUAUUUGACCCCAACUUCAGGAUCUCCAUUGAGAGGAUUGAUUCAAGAUCACAUUUCUGCUGGUGUAUGGUUAACCAGUAAGGAUACGUUCUUUACUAGAGAAACAUACCAACAAUUGAUUUAUGGAUGUAUUAGACCGGAGGAUGGACACACUACAAGAUCGAGACUUAUUACGUUACCGCCAGCUAUCUACAAACCCGAGUUUUUGUGGACUGGUAAACAAGUAAUCACAACGAUCUUGUUAAAUAUCAAACCUGACAAUGUACCUGGUGUCAAUUUGGUCUCGAAGAAUAAAAUCAAGAGUGAUUAUUGGGGUCAACACAGUAGUGAAAAUGAAGUAAUUUUCAAAAAUGGUGAGUUGUUGAGUGGUAUUUUGGAUAAAUCACAGUACGGUGCUUCUCAAUUUGGUAUUGUUCAUUCCUUGCACGAAGUGUAUGGUUCUGAAGUUGCCGGAAAGGCAUUGAGUGUUUUGGGAAGAUUGUUUACCAAUUACAUCAUGAUGACUGCAUUCACGUGUGGUAUGGACGAUUUGAGAUUGACCGAGGAUGGUAAUGAAUGGAGAAAGGACAUUUUGAAACAGUCUGUUGAUGUUGGUAGACAAGCCGCCACUGAGGUGACAAACUUGGCUGAUAACACUUCUAACGAUAACAAAGAAUUGAGGAGAAGAUUGGAGGAAAUCUUACGAGAUGAUGAUAAGUUGGGUAUUUUGGAUGCCAUUACUCAAUCCAAAGUAAAUGCCAUCACUUCGCAAGUUGUGUCAAAGUGUGUACCCGACGGAACAAUGAAGAGAUUCCCAUACAAUUCUAUGCAAGCGAUGGCUCUUUCUGGUGCUAAAGGUUCCAAUGUCAAUGUCUCACAAAUUAUGUGUCUUUUGGGGCAACAAGCGUUGGAAGGUAGAAGAGUACCAGUUAUGGUUUCCGGAAAGACAUUGCCUUCAUUCAAGGCAUUUGAAACUGAUGCAAGAGCCGGUGGAUAUAUCAAACAGAGAUUCUAUUCUGGUAUCAGACCACAAGAGUACUAUUUCCAUUGUAUGGCUGGUAGAGAAGGUCUUAUUGAUACUGCCGUCAAGACAUCUAGAUCCGGGUACUUGCAACGUUGUUUGACAAAACAAUUGGAAGGUGUGCAUGUUAAUUACGACAACUCAGUUCGUGAUGGAGAUGGAACCUUGAUUCAAUUCCUUUAUGGAGGUGACUCCAUCGAUACUACCAAACAAUCGCACAUGAACCAAUUUGAAUUUUGUUUGGAGAAUUAUGAUGCAUUGUUGGCAAAGUAUAAUCCAGGAGAAAUGGUUGAGAACUUGGAUACUUCUAAAGCAUUGUCGUAUUCAAAGAAAGUACGCAAGUCGAUGAAGAAACAAAAGGAUGUGCCACAUUACGAACAAGAAAUCAAGUAUGAUCCAGUCAUUAACACAUACAACCCUGCCAAGUAUCUCGGUUCAGUUUCCGAAAAGUUUCAAGAAAAAUUGGACAAGUUUGUGUCAAGUCAUCCAGAUUUGUUUGCUCAGUCCAAAGAAGAAGCUAAAUCUAGUGGCAAGUUAACCGAAAAGAAGUUCAGAGCCUUGAUGCAAUUGAAAUAUAUGAGAUCAUUGGUUAACCCAGGAGAAUCGGUGGGUAUCAUUGCUUCGCAAUCUAUUGGUGAGCCAUCGACACAAAUGACAUUAAACACGUUCCAUUUCGCUGGUCACGGUGCUGCCAAUGUGACAUUGGGUAUUCCGCGUAUGAGAGAAAUCAUCAUGACUGCAUCGGCAGCAAUCAAGACUCCACAAAUGACAUUGCCAAUCUUGCCUGAUGUGAAUGACCAACAAGCUGAUGCAUUUUGUAAAUCUAUUGCUAAAGUGGUUAUGUCUGAGUUUGUUGAUAGUGUUACCGUUACUGAAACGACAUCACAAGAAGAGGAUGGAUCAAAUAGUAGGUCAUAUGUGAUCCAUUUGGGAUUCUAUACCAAGGAUGAAUAUGAAGCUGAGUAUGACAUUAGUCAAGAGCAGUUGGAGAAUGUGGUUACGCAAACAUUUAUUCAUGCAUUGGAAGCACAAAUUGUUAAGGAGGUCAAAAAGCAAAAGAAACCUGAUUACAUGCCAACAGUUGGAAAAUCUGCUGGUAAAACAGAUAUGGAGACUGUUAGUGGAAAGAUCAAAGAGUUGAAUGAAGACGAUGAGGAGGAUGAUGUUGAUGAAGAAGAGGAUGGUGCCGAUUUGGAGGAGCUGAAACAAAAGGUUAAGCAACAGGUUUCAUAUGAAGGACCCGAUGACGACGAGAUUGAAACGAUGAAACGUGCAGAGGAAACCAGCGAUGAAGAAAUGGAGGAUGCAAGAGAUAGUGAUGAUGGAUCUGCUUCAUCUUCCGACAGCGAUAGUGACGACGACGAUCAAGAAGUGGAUGCUGAUGGCGAUUCCAAUAUGGAAAAGAAACCCGAGUUGUCACGUUUAGCCAAAGACCGUCAAGCUGAAGUUAUUGCUCAACAUAAUAUGGUUACCAAGUUCAACUUUGAUGAUGAGAAUGGUGAAUGGUGUGAAUUCAAACUUGAGUUGAAUGGAAACGAAACGCAGAAAUUGUUGAUGGUCAACAUUGUUGAAGAGCUUUUGCGUAAAACUGUUGUACGUCAAAUCCCCCACAUUGGAAGAUGUUUACGUCCCGACCCAGAUGCACUGGGAAAGAGAAUCUUGACUACCGAAGGUGUUAACUUCAAAGCCAUGUGGGAACAAGAUGACUUUGUUGAUGUCAAUGCCAUCACAUCCAACGAUAUUGCUUCGGUGUUGCAUACAUAUGGAGUUGAAGCAGCUAGAAAUACUAUUGUCAAUGAAAUUUACCGAGUAUUUGAUACUUAUGGUAUUAGUGUUUCGUCACGUCAUUUGGACUUGAUUGCUGAUAUGAUGACACGUGAAGGAACUUAUUUGGCAUUCAAUAGACAAGGUAUUGACAGUUCGACAUCUAGUUUCAUGAAGAUGUCGUAUGAGACAACGUGUCAAUUCUUGACCAAAGCUGUCUUGGACGGCGAUCGAGAAGAGUUGGAGAGUCCCUCAGCAAAGAUUGUCUUGGGUAAAUUGGCAAAUGUUGGAACUGGGUCAUUUGAUAUUUUUGCAAAAUUGCCUAAAGUUUGA